AAUAUGGCGGUUCGAUGACGCACACUUAGUGAAAGACGUUUUGACUUUUAUCACUAUACGUUUACUACAUCCUUUGAACAUUUUCGUGUGACAGGAAAAAAAAGAAAGGAUUCUCAAGCCAAGUCGUUUUUUAGAAAAUUGCGAAAAUGGCAACGACAGAGCAAACAGUUGAAAAUAACAACACGCAAAUGCUUGACGUAGUCGGCCGAACGCAAAUUGUGACAGACCUGGACACAAUAAAACAAUUGGAAAAUACGGUCGAUUGUCAAAAAGAAUCCCAAGACAAAAUGGCAUUUGACUUGGAAUAUUUGCAGUCAGUACUUUCCUACGUGUCAAACGUCCGUGUUCUAAUAUCUUUGGAAGGUGAACAUGAAAAAAUUCAUGAGUAUUGUCGUUUGAUUGAAUCUAUUGCUGAAGUUUGUCAAGUUAAAGUCAGAGAGCUUAAAGAACGUUACGAUGAAUUCAGUUCAAAGACGUGCGAUGAGUUUUCCAAGAUGAAAAUUGAGGGGAGGAAAAUUAUGCAGGAAUCUUGUGUGUCAGAUCAUGGCGAAGAAUACCAAGAUCCCCCGCAAGAAGCAAUCAAGGCAAUGAAACCAGAAGAAAAUGAAGAUGAGUUGAAUGGUUCUUUGUACGACAGUGAUGUUGAGUCUCAAAAUAUGUUGGAGACCGAAAGAGAAAGACUUCCACUAGAACGCAGUAAACCUUGGUCCGAGCAUCAACCUCAAAAUAUGGUGCAGAGCGAAGGGAAAAGUCUUCCACAAGAAUCCGAUGAGCCAAACACAGACAAUCAAUUAUUCUGCCUCGAUCCAAAGAAAAUGAUUUUCUGUAAACGGUCAUGUGGUUUAGUUGCCCUGCAGGUGUUAGCCAAAUUCCGAAACUUCCCACCCUCGGUCAAUUAUAAAGAACUCAAAAAGAAGCAUGUGAACUUAAAUAAUAUAGAUUUUACGCCAAACAAGAAGACAUUGACACCUCAUCCCACAACUUACGUAGCAACAUACCGAGCAUCCCAAAAAAUCCUAUCGACCUUCUCUGAAGCAACAAAAGAACCAAAAAAAAAGAUCAGGAUAUUAUACAAAUAGAACCAAUAGAAAAGAAUGGGAAAAUGCCAAUUAGGCGCUCAUUAUGCCAAUCAAAAAAAAAACAGAUAAAAGCCUCACAGGCAUAAACCACCAAACGACCUGACAAGUUGAAAAGUUGUUACCCCAACAAAGAAAAAAUCCAGAAAACGUAGAUAACACACAGGUUGCAAAGCUUCUUGGGUCUUAAAUUAUGGACCAAUAUUAUCUCACUUUCUUCCGUUCGAUUUUAAUCUAUAGAAAUAGGUUUUUGAAAGAAAAAAUAAAAUCCUAUCUACUUACCAAGUGCAUAGCAUUAACCAGUGGCUAUUCAGUCGUCUUCUAACCGGCCUUCUGAGCAUUGCUGUACGAUCUGUGCUAACAGAGUAAACGUUACGACAUUUAACAGUGCGAAGAAAACAGUUUCAUCGAAUCAUUUGGUUGCCACAUCACGUGACCAUUUAUGCCUCUAGGUGUUGGAUAAAUCGAUAAAGCUAUAGCUAUAAAAUUUCUGAUAAAGUUGAAAAAACAAUCGCAAGAUAAAUUAUUAAUUUAUGUAUAAUAGCUAGUUCUUUAUAACAUAACAAUAACGCUACCAUUUUCAAAUUUUGUCUGAUAUUUUGAUAUGAGUGACGGAUCUAUGACACAUCAAUCAGAAUAAAUUAUUGUAGCUCUUUUGGGGUUUAAAAAAUACCUUAGAGGAAACUUUUUUGAUAAAAUUUUAUCAUUUAGAAAUUCAAUUAUUAGUUUUCUUCUGAAAUUAUUUCGUAUUAAAAAUUGAGCACCGAGCCAAUAAUUUAUUUUGACUAACACUGGAUCCGCCAUUGUAACAGAAUAUAUUUAAUCACAAAACUAGAUUCAAAAGAGUUGUACGUAAAGUUUUUAAUAUUAUUAAAUUUGGCAUUAAUGAGUGUA